AAACGGGUUGAAAUUCUAGAAUACGGAGUAAUAAUUUACCGGCAAAAACAAAAACAACCCGAAGUUGUGCCUAAUUUCUAACAGAUCCCCACUUGCUCCAUUACGAUCUCUCUCUCGCCUCGUCGCCGGCGCCGUUAACUCCCACUCAAUCUCCGGUAAUUUGAUCGGAAAGGGUGUUAAUUAAAUUAUAACUUGGCCGGAAAAUGGGGGUGAAACAAGCUAUUAAGAGACUUGAUGCAUUCCCUCGCGCUGAAGAACACUUGUUGCAGAAGACACAAUCCGGCGCUAUUGUUUCUGUCAUUGGUCUGGUCAUAAUGGCUACUCUGUUCAUACACGAGCUUAGAUAUUAUUUGAGUACCUAUACAGUUAAUCAGAUGUCUGUGGAUUUGAAGCGAGGGGAAACUCUUCCUAUACACAUUAAUAUGACAUUCCCUUCCUUGCCAUGCGAUGUCCUCAGUGUGGAUGCUAUAGAUAUGUCAGGAAAGCAUGAAGUGGAUCUUGAUACAAAUAUAUGGAAACUUCGUAUGAGCAGUGAUGGCCAUAUUAUUGGAACUGAGUUUUUGACUGACUUGGUGGAAAAGGGGCAGGCCCAUGAUCAUUCUCAUAGCCACUCUCAUGGCCAUGCUCAUGACCAUGGUCAUGAUAAACAUCAGCCUGAGGAUUCUAAAGAUGAGCAUGGUCAUAAAGAUGAGCAUGGUGAUAUUAAAGAUAAGCACGAAGAUUCUAAACAGAAAAGUCAUCUGCAAAGCUUCGAUGAAGAGACUGAAAACAUAAUAAAAAAAGUUAAGCAGGCAAUGGCAAAUGGAGAAGGGUGUCGGAUCUAUGGUGUUUUAGAUGUGCAAAGGGUUGCUGGGAACUUUCACAUCUCAGUUCAUGGGCUGAACAUUUUUGUUGCUCAGAUGAUUUUUGAAGGAUCUAAUCGCGUUAAUGUCAGCCACAUGAUUCAUGAUCUAUCAUUUGGGCCUUCUUAUCCUGGAAUUCAUAACCCCCUUGAUGGGACAGUUCGCAUCUUGCGUGGUACAAGUGGCACUUUUAAAUACUACAUAAAGAUUGUUCCUACCGAGUACAGAUAUUCCUCGAAAGACGUGUUGCCUACCAACCAAUUUUCUGUCACAGAGUACUUUUCACCUAUGAAAGACUUUGAUAGAACAUGGCCAGCUGUUUACUUCUUGUAUGACCUAUCGCCUAUUACUGUAACAAUCCGUGAAGAACGCCGCAGUUUUCUUCAUUUCAUCACUCGGCUUUGUGCAGUACUAGGGGGUACCUUUGCUUUGACAGGAAUGCUAGAUCGCUGGAUGUAUAGGUUUGUUGAAAUGGUGAUGAAGCCAAAUAAGAGGGGUGCAAUUUGAAUCUAAUCGGUCAGUUAACCAAGUGGAGCCUUCAUGGUGUCAUCUUUAUACAAUCCUGAGGCGAAAAACGGAGAUUAAUUCCCUAAUCUUUGAACGACAUCUGUAAUGAUCAUCUGUGGGAACACCGUGGUCGUUAUAUACAAAAGGUUAUGCCAUAUAUAUAUAACCACUCCUUAGUUACUUCAGGAAAUACAAGUUUCAGGCUCACAUCACAGCAUUUGUAAUGAACAUUUUUGGCACGAAUGGUCUUUUUGGCGUAAGCUCCAAGGUCAGAGUAGGUUUUCUAUGUUGAGUUUAUAGUACAUGGUUGUUUGUCCAGAAAAAUUAUAAUAUAUGAUCAUUUUGUUGUAUUUUAGCAUUUGUAUACUUCAUGAAAUUAGCAACAGGUAAGCUCUUUCAUUGUCAUAAUAGAGAUCUGAACUCACCCGUUUCUUCA